AUGUCCUCAUCCAUACUCAAUAAUCGCUCGGCUCGCAGUACGCCUGCCGGAGCCAACCCUGCUUUUAGCCCUCCCGCCGAAGCCUCCAGCGCUUCGACCCAAGAUAGGGUCUCAUACAUCCGGGAGAACUCUCCAGAGGCUGAGAGCAUACCUUCCAACCCAGCCAUUACACCCAUCAUCACUCAUGGGGAUGGCCUGGCCUCGCCCAGCGGCCGGAACUCUGAGACUGACACCGUUGUGCCUCUUCAACCUGCCGUCAGCCAAGAUGCCAUGCGAUCUCGUCCCGGUUCUCGCACCGGCAACUUUGUCACUCCCAAGGCCACUCGCUUCUCCCAGGACGGUGCAGAGCCAAUCCAAUAUUCUAGCGGCUCAGUAAAGUCUGCUCGACGACGCACACGUGAGCGUGAAGAUUACGACUUUGAUCAAGCUGCCGACUACGCUCCUAUGAGCGAAUACGAACGCUACUACCGCAAUGAAGGUCGCAACGACCGGGAUCGGUACACUCGAAGGGGCCCUUACCCACCUCCUACAUACAUGAACCGCCGUCGAGCACCCCCUCUUGACUCAGAUGAGGAGUUUUACAGCAGUGACGACCCUCGACUACCUCCCAACGAUAGACGUAGGAUGAUGGAUGAAGAGGCAGGCUACCCUGGUCGACCUUACGCUUUCCGACGCACCUCUACUCUCAACGGCUUCAACAUCACCACUGGCAAGCUCCAAUGGAACGAGUUGAGUCGACAGGAGAAGUCUGAAAUCAUGCGCCUCCCGUUGACACAAUGGAUGAACUCAAAUUUCAAGAACCACUUCGUCGCUGGUGUGGGAGAGUUUAUCGGCACCACCAUGUUCCUUUUCUUUGCCUUUGCUGGCACUGAGGUUGCCAAUAUUCAGGCUGAUACCAACAACAGGACUACCACGGGUGAAUCUACUGGUAGUCUCAACGUUUCUAAACUCCUCUACAUCUCUAUCAUCUUUGGUUUCUCUCUCAUGGUUAACGUCUGGGUCUUCUUCCGCAUCAGUGGUGGUCUAUUCAACCCUGCUGUCACCAUGGCCAUGUUGAUGGUCAAGGCCAUCAGCAUCACAAGAGCCAUCGUUCUAUUCCUCGCUCAAAUCCUGGGAUCUAUGCUUGCCUCUGUUGUUGUUCGCUACCUCUUCCCUGAAACAUUCAAUGUUCGAACCACUCUCGGUGGCGGUGCAUCUUUAGUCCAGGGUGUCUUCAUCGAGGCUCUCCUUACUGCUGAACUGGUCUUUACUAUCUUCAUGCUUGCUAAAGAGAAGCACCGAGCUACUUUCAUUGCCCCCGUGGGUAUUGGUCUGGCUCUUUUCAUAGCUGAAAUGGUUGGUGUCCAGUUCACUGGAGGUUCUCUUAACCCAGCCCGCAGCUUUGGUCCUUGUGUCAUCACCGGUAGCUUCGACACGGAGCACUGGAUCUACUGGGUUGGACCCGGUAUUGGUUCUUUGAUCGCCGUUUGCUUCUACUGGUUCAUCAAGACCCUGGAGUACGAGAUGGCCAACCCUGGCGCCGAUGGUGACGAUCUCAACGACCCUACCAAGAACCCUGAAAAGCGAGCAGAGAUCCAAGCUUCCAAGCCAGUGCCCUCAGCCGCCUUUGGCUCUGGCAAGACGGCUUCCAUUCUAAGUUAA